AUGAGGGGAAUGACUGCAACAGAUUUCAACAGUCUAGUAGCCAACGGAGCGACUGACAGCACUGGCGAAAAUGCACUUGAUCACAGAGACCUGCUUUUAAAGCAGGCUCCAAUUUUUGUACAUAGUCUGAAACGUAUCUCUGCACAGUCAGCACGAGACACAGAGAAGGUUUACAUUCAGCUCAAACCUAAAAACCGGAUCCAAAGGACCAGCACUGAAUACUUCCCAUCUGGAAGCCUGCAGUGCACGUUACACCAGUGUGUGCUCUCUCUCCACACUCAACUGAAAGAGCAGGUGAUAUUAGUGGAGGGGUGGCAUGAUUUAGAUAACAAAGACUAUGACUGUUGGCCGCUGGAAAAACCAGAUGAGUAUAACAUGCUGGACUGUGGAGGCCUGGAGAUGGUAUGGGUGCAAAGGCCUCCAGAAAAAGCUGUGAGUGGGGAAUUCUUCAACGUGACCUAUGCAGUCUUUGCUUCGGACAGCUUUUAUCAAUAUGCAGUGCAAAAUGGAAUCCUUUCUCACAGCACUGCUACUGCUGCAAAGGAAUUCUGUGAGGAGCAUGAAUGCCCUGCCAGCUGGAAAGAUGCAAAUGGGGAGAACUGCUGUGUCUACCAUGCCAACAUUCACUCUUGUCCUUUGGCCUUCAUGGGUCGAGGAGGAAUAUGUGGACCGUGGAUCCCAGAUGAUGGCCAGAUAUUUACUCACACUUUGUCUACAGCUGGCAAGAUGAGCCAAAGAAACUGGACUGCCAAGGUUGUCUUAGUUCACGUGGGUGUGACUUCUCUCAUCGCACACAUCAGAGUUGGGAGAAUGCAAGUUGCUCUGGAAGCAAAAACCACAGUCCUUCCUGCAGUAGUCUGUGGAGAUGGCUUUUGUGAGGAAGAAGAAGGCUGCUCUAUCUGUCCAGCAGAUUGCGGGGAAUGCCCACUGUCUGCUGAUGCUAGGAUAGCAAUUGCCUUACCAAUAUGUUUAGUCUGCACUGGCUUCAUUUUGACAGUCAUGUGGUUUCAAUAUCAGAAACAAAAGAUGUUUUGGGAUGAAAGCUGGAUUAUAGACUUCACCUGCAUCAAACAAGAUGAAUCAAGGUCAAACAUAUUCAUCAAGGAUAAGAGAUUUAAGAAUGGGUCAUUCAGUCUCAUUGGCAAAGCACCUACAUCUGGUACACCACAGACCCCAUACUCUAUAUUUAUAUGUGAUGGUAGAACAGUGGCCAUAAAGAAAAUAAUGAAGAAGGCAUUCACACUGUCCAAAUCCAUACGUAAAGAAGUAAAGCAAGUGAGGGAACUUGACCAUCCCAAUCUCUGCAAAUUCAUUGGAGGUUGUAUAGAAGUGCCAAAUGUUGCCAUCGUGACAGAGUACUGCCCCAAAGGCAGCCUGAGUGAUGUUCUGCUCAAUGAAGACAUUCCUUUGAACUGGGGCUUCAGGUUUUCUUUUGCUACUGAUAUUGCACAAGGAAUGGCCUAUCUUCACCACCACAAAAUGUAUCAUGGACGGUUGAAGUCUAGUAACUGUGUGAUCGAUGACCGAUGGGUUUGUAAAAUUGCAGAUUAUGGUUUGCAAUCGUACAGAAAAGAAGAUUCUCGUGAGGGGUCAAGCUCAUACCAGCAGCAUAUGAUACAGAUUUACACAGCUCCCGAAAUUGAUUCCCCUUCAGACUUUGAACCCAAUUCUAUGACAGAUGUCUACAGUUAUGCCAUCAUUUUACUAGAAAUUGCCACAAGAAGUGACCCUAUGCCAACAGAUGAAGUGCAUUCAGCUGAAUAUUCUUGGUGCCCACCUUUGGCAGAAUUAAUUUCAGGAAAGGCUGAGAAUUCUUGCCCGUGUCCCACAGAUUACAUAGACUUAAUCAGAAGGUGCAGAAAAAAUAAUCCAGCCCAAAGGCCUACAUUUGAACAAGUCAAGAAAAUGUUGUACAAGAUGAAUCCUCAUAAAGUUAGCCCUGUUGACAUGAUGAUGACUCUGAUGGAGAAAUAUAGCAAACAUCUGGAGAUACUGGUUUCUGAGAGAACCCAGGAUUUAAUGCAUGAAAAACAGAAGACUGAUCGUCUGUUGUAUAGUAUGUUGCCGAAGCAAGUAGCAGAUGAUCUCAGGCAGGGAAAACAUGCACAAGCUCAAAGUUACUUAAGUGCCACCAUCUUUUUCAGUGACAUUGUUGGCUUCACACAGCUGUCCAGCAGCAGCACACCUUACCAAGUGGUAGAUCUCUUGAACAAGCUUUAUACCACUUUUGAUGAAAUCAUAGAUAACUAUGAUGUCUAUAAGGUGGAGACAAUAGGAGAUGCCUAUAUGGUGGUGUCAGGAGUACCCAAAGAAAAUGGGAUCCUUCAUGCCGGUGAGAUCGCAAGCAUGGCUUUAGACCUUCUGGACAUCUGCAAGACUUUUAAGAUCCCACACAAGCCAAACACCCUCUUAAAGAUAAGAGCAGGAAUCCAUUCAGGGGCAGUUGUAGCUGGAGUUGUUGGGACCAAAAUGCCACGGUAUUGUUUAUUUGGAGAUACUGUGAACACAGCUUCCAGGAUGGAAUCUACCAGUGAAGCUCUUAAAAUACAGUGCAGUUCAAGUGCAUACCAGCUGUUGGAGCAGCUUGGAGAGUAUGUGUUAGUAUGCCGUGGUAAUUUACAAGUCAAGGGUAAAGGAGACAUGAUAACAUACUGGCUUGAAGGUAAGAAAGCCUCUGCCACCAAGAAGGCAGUCACCAGCACUUCUGUGAUUCUUCAAGAUCCCAACAGAGCUUCGUUUAGUUUGAUACCAGGUGUCCUUCCCAGUGAUCCCCUCUCAAGUCCUGCUUACUAG